AUGGAAGCUGCCCACUCGGACACCAUCGGCCAAAGCCUCGCCGGGAACAGUAGGCCACGAGCACCGGGCUUCCGAGUCGCCUUGCCGAAACUUCAAGUACCCACCUUCAGCAGCGAGAACCGUGAGUUACCGGGUUUCUGGGAGCACUACGAGGCGACCACUCACACGCACCCCAAGCUCACAGACAUCGAAACGUUUAAGUGCUUGAAGCCUAACUUAGCCGGCGCUACGAGGCGAGCCACCGAAGAAACACGCCUGACUGAGAAGAAUUACAACGUUGCCGUCAAGGUCUCCACCGAAGGGUAUGGCCGAAAAGAUCUCGUCGAUGAUCACACAGACAGCCUGCUUGCCAUUGAGCCGAUCGAGUCUUCGUCCCAAGUAUCAAGGCUGCAGGACGUGCACGACAAAAUCGAGUUCAGCACCAGCUGUUUGGUCAGCCUUGGCACGCCGUUUGCAGAGAACGCGGCUGUUCCACACCGAGUACUGUUGCGCUCAUUGCCAGAAGACCUGGCUAUCCUGUAG